UGCUUCAGCCAGGAUGUAAAUACUCACACAGGCAAGAUGGAGAAGGGGCUGAUGCAGCUCUAUUUAGCUGUUUAUGUUGUGUUUAUUUUAGUUAUUUUCAAAGAUGCAGUGGCAAUAGAACUCGAUAGGGAGAGUGUAAUGAUCAAUGUGACAACAGUGGGAGAAACGGAAGAAGCCAAUGUCCUACAGAUUAACUUUAACAUUUCGGCAGUUGACGACCAAGUCUAUGUGAACAACAUACCAGUCAAGCUUUCUGGGGUCACAAGAUUAAACUGCAGGGCACAGCUGUUGGAAGGUGGAAACCUCAGUAAGGCAGAUGAACCAGGUCGUUUUGUGAUGAUUGGUGUUCGUGUGCUGGUUCGCCAGUGGCCUUUAGAAAGCGAGCCUGUUGUGCAGCUCCUUGUGUUUAAUGAAGAGGUGACUGAAGUAGAAGGAAAACAGGUGCAGCAGACAGAGAUGUAUGAAGUGAAUAUCUUGAUGAAUAAGGAAUUCCAGAAGCUUAGGGAAUCCAGCUACUCCUACCCUAUGAAGGAAAGCAUGUUAUACAGCAUUCCCAGGGACAACGAUAUUGUAUUUACAGUUCCGAACCCUUCAGAAAAAGUCGAUGAUCAAAGUCCUGCUCAAACAAUGACAACUAGUCAUUACCUCAUAAAACAAGAUGAAACCACAGUGGAAGAGGAGGCAGCUCCUGGCAAGCUACCUGAGACGCCAUUGAGACUGGCACCUGACUUCUUGUAUGAUGAAGAAAUAACAGCAGAUGAACAUGGACCUUCUGGCAAACUGCCAGAGGUCCCCCUGAGAUCACAGCCACUGUCUUCCUAUAAUGCAGUGUGUCAGUGGGUGGAGCAGCUGAGAGAGAGGCUGCAUCGAUUCUGGGCUGAAUCCCUCCCAUUGUUCUUCCUGAUCAUGUGGGUGGUGGUGGUGGGUGUUGUUGGGUCAGCUGUCAUUGUUAAAGUCCUUGACCUGAUUUUCCCAACGUGCGAGCACAAGGGAGUUUUAAAACUUGAUCCUGUUACAAUGAUGCCAUUGGAAUUGCCUGUGGAGGGUAAACCAUUACUUCUGGAUCACUUAGAGAUGGAAACAGAUGAAGAGAUUACAAGCCCUUAAAGAGCACAUUUCAAGUACUGGUCAACAAUACCAACAAAAAGCUUUGUCAAUAAUUUCAGUGGAUCUUGUUACAGAAACACGUGGACCUCCACUCAGAAUACUAUCAUUAAUUACAAUGUGGAUGAUUAAUUUAAUUAGAAAACAGUGUUAUUUUUUUAGUUUCUUGACAUUAGCUCACAUUUAAUUCCCAGUUCUGAUUAUUAUAAGUUUUUAAAUAAAUAUUGGUAAUUUAGCUUAAUACAUUAUACGGCCGUAUUUAUUUAGUACAGAAAACAAAAUGCCUUAAUGCUAAUUAACAAGCUGAAUGGGUUUUGUAUACCAAUGUUUAAUGCACCCAAUACAUUAACAUUACCGAAUAACUACUCCAUCACAGAAAUCACUUUCAAAAUGCAACCAUGAAAGACAUUAUUACCUGUAGAAAUGGUAUAAACCACAUUUGCACAAGAUGGUUGCACUGUUGACACCAGAUGAAACACAAUUUGUCAUUACUUUUUUUUUGUGCCUGCAUGAUAUACCUGAUAACAUUUGGGAAAACAGCCAAAUAAACCAACACUUAGUAAUGAGUUCAAUCUUUAAUACCUUUAGUGCACAAGCUACACAUAGUACGCCUAUGUAGCUGUACCUCCUUGUACACCUGUACAGUAGCAGCAUACAGUAUAUUGCACUCUGCAAAAUGCAUUUCAUAGGCAGGUGGGGGUUACAAUAGGAUAUAUUUAACUAAAGAUGAUGAUUUAUCUCGCUUUCCAAAUAAUUUUGGAUUGUGUUCCAUUUUCUUUCACAACCGUGCAAAAAGUCUUUCAUUAUUUAAGUUUUAUGUCAACACUGGUGUUUCCCAAUAAAUUCACAGACAAGAUGAAAGACAAAGUAUUGGGAGCCCUGGCCAUAUUUUUUGUUCUGAUAGCACUUUUUUUUUUUUUUUGCAUAAGUUGUGUUGCUGUUAAUGUAAAUUAAAUCUGACCCAUUAUGUUACAUUCUUAAUGCUUAUAGUGUGCCCCUUUUCAUAUCUUCCCAGGACCAUUAAUUUGUGUAAAUGUUAAUGGAAGCAUGGCAUAGUGUGUUACAUUUCUGCAAAUGUUUUGUUGAAAAUUAAAAUGACCAAAAUGUAUUCAAUGGUGUAUCGUUCGCUACUGCUCAAAAAAGAGAAAAAUAAAACUUCUUAUUGAA